UAAAGGGAAACCUUGCUGGCCUAAAGCCCCACCUCACCCCCUUUACACAAUAAGGUGGGUGGGAGGUCCCAGCAGGCAGAAAAUGUUCUCUCCUCUCUCCUACCCUUAGCUUAACCUAAAGUCAGAAAGUCAAACUCAGCCAUGCUGGGCUGAAAGGGGGUGUGGGCAGAACCUGCGGGGCCUGGGUGAUGAGAACUGGCGUUCUGGGUAGGGCAGAGCCAGCCUCUGAUCUGCACCCCCAUGCCCUAGGGACCCCCUCCUCAGCCCCUGUGGGGUUGGGGCCAGCACACACCGGGCUGGGCCGAGGGGGGAAAGGGAAGGGGAAGGAGGGAGGAGAUGCAAUGGGUGAAAAGCUGCCUUGGGACCGCCCAGCUCCUAUAGACCUGUGGCUCCUCCCACUCCCCCACCCCCAGGGGACUGCAAGGUCCCGAUAAGCUGUGGGUGGCCUCCAGUGGCCUCCGCCAAAACCCUCAAGCCUGACCCCACUUCCCGCCAGUUCUGAGAGUCCCUGGGAAGGGGGUGGCCUCCCACGCAGGUCCCUGAGCACCCCUUUGAGCAGAAGCAGUUAGGCCUGAUGGGCUGAAUGGGGCUCUCCUGCUGCCAAGAUGCCAUCGCCUCAGGCAGUGACCUCUGGUCCAGAGCUCCACAGCCCCAAGGAGCCUGUGGAGCCACAGACCCCAGAACGGGGCACUCGUCGGGCAAGCAGUGGGGAUGCGUGGCCGGGCCUGGGCACCUUUCGGCGGGCCUUCUCCCGGACAAGCCAGCGGGCCUCGGGCAGGACCUCCGAGGAGGAGCUGGGCCUGCUAAGGCGCAGCUCCCGCUUCCUGUUGCGGUCCUUACGGCGCGCUCCGGAUGACAGCCCGGCUGCUGACCCAUGCCAGGACACUGCUGCACCAGGUCACAGCCCAGAGGUACCCUCCAGAGUCAUGGAUGGUGUCAGCCAGCAGCGGCCCACUGGGAUGGGGCCUGAGGAACUGGAAACUGAGGCAGGCAAAUCUGUGGCAGACCUCAUAGCUGAGCGGCAGCUGCUGGCGGCCUUCAAACAGCUGCAGCGCCUGGAGGCGCGGCUAGUGGAGGAGAAAGUUUCACACACCUUCGAGCAGAACCCCACGGGCUUCGCUCGGCGCGCCAUGGACGUGUGCCUGCACUACGACGGGCUGGCCGCGGAGAUCGCUGCCAUCGUGCAUGAGACGCUGGGCCCGGACGGUGUGGACGCGGCCAUGCUGGCAGAACUGGCCCAAGUGGUGCGCGCUGAAGAGGAGGCCCACCCGAUGUCCCCUGCGGACGGCGACUUCCUGUGCACGCCACGCCGCUGGCGCCAGCACUGGGAGGACGCGGUGCGGCGGAGUGCUCAGCGGCGCGUGCAGCAAGCAGGCGCCGGGGAGGCGCCACGGGCAGCGGAGGGUGCAUCAGGCCUUGCUCAGCUUCUGGCCGAGCUUGGCAGCUUGAUUCGCUGCGACCUGCGGAAGGUGCAGUUGGAGGUGCAGCCCGCGUAUGCGGCCGCCGGCUUCCCGGCGUGGGAGGCCUACCUGCGCGCCUACCACAGCGCCGUGGCCCAGCGCCUGCAGGAGCUGGCGCGCGACGCCCGUGGCUGUGAGCAGCUCUACAUUUUGCUGGACUGGGCCGCCAAUGUCUACGGCAGUCCUAAUUUCCUGGGCGCCCCGGACCUGACUCUGUCCACGGAGCCUCUGCCCGCGCUCCUGGCCCCCGAGGUGUGGGCCCGACUGGAGAGCGACUACACCAGCUUCCUAGAGACCAAGAUCGUGAGCUGCUUCGAUAGCAUCCUGCAGCUAGAGCAGAGUCGCUGGGCGGCCGCCAAGGCCCCUGACGUGCUGCAGGGCCGCUACCACACGCCGCUGUCCAUCGACGUCCACAUGCUGGUGGCAGAGCACGUGAAGGCGGCUGGGGCCAUCUCGGCGGAGCUGGAGGCCACCACCUUGAGGAUCUGUGCGCGGGCGCUUGGCCUCUUUGUGCCCAGGUUUGAAAAGGCUUUUCUGGAGUCGGAGGCGGUGAAUGAGCCGCACCUGGGAGCCAACAUCAACGCCUGUGAAGAGCUCAGGACCUGUCUUCUGGCGAGGUUCCCAGGAACCUUUGUGGAGCUGGAGAAGCCCCUGGUGGCUGCCACCUGCAUCUUCCAGAAGCGGCUGCUCCAGGGUUUGCAGUGUGAUGUGCAGCCACUCUUCAGGACCCUGUGCACCAAGGUCUGGCUGACACAGGACACGCUACAGCUUCUCAUGGACAAGGUGGUGGCCUUCGCCCGCCACCUGGAGCACGUGGCCCCACCCCUCGGGCAGGAGACUCUGCAGGAGGUGCACCGUUAUGUGGUCCGGGAGUACCUGGCACAGGCGCUGAGGCCGCGUGAGCGGUUCCAGGGUGACGAGCGCAUGGCUGGUUCCCAGAAGAUGGGCCUCGAUGCCCAGGCCAUUAGCAAUACCUUCCAGGGCUUGGGCUCUGAGGCCACGUGGCUGGGACAAGCGAUCCCAUGCGUGGCUGACAUACUGGGCGAGACUUACAAAGACAACAUCCAGCUGCACCUGGAGAGGCUCAUCCGCAGCUACCCCGACAUCAGGUUCGCACCCCACCUGUUCCCCUGGCGUUCCGACAGAAGGCCAUCGGGCCCUAGGUUCGGACGGGACCACGUGCUGGCCAUCCUGACACUGCGCCGGCUGGGCCGCCGUCGGAACCGGAGCCUCCUGCAGCACGCCCAGGACCUACUGAAGGCUGCGGCCAGGGCAGGCAGCUCGGAGACCUCCGGGGGUCGUGUGCUCUUUGAGGAGAUUGAGGUGUCCACGUCCGUGGACAUGCUCAUCACCUGCAUCUAGUGCUCCUGGGCCUGGGGCAGAGGCACCUCAGGUGGGGCCUGCACUGGGUGCAGGGUCAGGCACUGAACCCCAAGCUAGGAGUCCAGAGAGGCCCUCACGGCCCUGUCCCCACCCUGAAGCCCAAAGUCAUGGAAUUUUCAUGCCCAGCUGAGCUUGGCUGCUGAGCCAGAAGGAACAGCAAUGACAGAGGCAUUUCAGGCAUUUGCGGGGGAGGGCUUGGGGGGCAGAGGUCCCCUUCAGUACUGCCCGUUAGGGAAAACCUCCCUGCCUAACUGUCCUGCACCACCCCCAGCCUGAAAGCAAAGAAGAGAAUAUUUUUUAAAUAAAUAUGAAUUAAAAUGA